GAGGAGCUCGGCGACAUCAUGUCUCUUCACGCGGAUUACUCGCGGUAUCCCUCCGAGUCGUUCCCAGACAGGCUCAUCGGAACGAAACUUAAUAGGAGCCCAGAUUCUGACGAGUUCGUGUCUACACAAUCAUGGAGUCUGCUGUCCCACUCGAGUCGAGCGUCUUCAGUGACAUUGAGUCCGUUAUCCGACUCGAAUCAAGCUUCUUCACUGCCGUUGAGUUUGCCAUCUGACUCGAACCAAAUGCUUCCGGCACCAGUUCUGCUGCCCUACUCGGACCAAACGUCUUUAUCGUUGCCGUAUCUGCCGUCGGACUCGACUCAAGCGUCUUCAUCCUCGCCAAUUCUGCUGUCUGACUCGAAUCAGACGUCUUCGUCGCCAGUUAUAGCAAGUACCACAGUACCAAAACGUGUGGUUCACGCUUCAAGCCUUUCCACUGGCUUCAGAUGGAUCCUCAUGAUCCUUAUGUUUACUAUUGCCCGGGCUGGCUUCGAAGUUUUACUUCGCAGAUAUUGCACACAUGUCUUCCCGUUGUCGUAUCUCUAGGAACUUCUGGCUAUGCCAUCUAUACCUUCAAACUUCUACACCGGAUGCGCCGUUUCCGGUUUUCUCUCUACUUAAUUUAGGAUAUCUACC